CCUGGCAGGUGCUUGAUUUUAAAGUUUAUUUACUUCCGGUAUAUAAUAAUGGCGGCUCCUUCAAAAGACGACCAGAAGAUCAAGUUGGCAAAAUCAUUCAAAGAAAGACUUGAUAAGCUGGGAUGUCCUUUCACAGAAGGAGUUGAAGAUUCAUGGAUUUCAGAGCUAAUUUUCAAGCCAGGAGAACACAGGAUCAGACUCCUUCAGUGGCUCUUCUCAAAAUUUGACUCAAGGUUAAAUGAUGUUCUUGAUCCACAAUUUGCCUCCAAUGAGUCAAAGAUGGAUUCUCGUUUACAGAGACUGCUGUUUGUGGCAACAACGCUAGGAUUGUGUAAAUAUGAUGAUGUUGACCUUAUACGAGGCAUCAAUACUAAAGCUAUGAGGCAGGCUUCCUUCAUGGAUCAGUUACUGGACAAUGUCUGUAUCAUGGAUGCUGCAGAGGAUCCAAUGAAUAAAUCAUUAUGUAACCCAGGUGUUGUCAGUGAUGCCACCAGCCUGGAUGAACAGUUCAGAAAGGAUUGUCUAUACAUAGACUCCCUUGUCCAACAGGAGAGAAUGGACGCUUUGUUUAACCUCAGAUCAACACUUCUACCUCCAGACCUUCAGCAACAGGUGGAGAUCAGCUGGGCACAGCAAGGUCACACCAAGGACAAACCACCAAAGCCAGAUUUGCAGAAACUGACAGACGCAGCAAAUAAACUUGCUGAAGAUUUAGGUAGACAAAAGGAAAUAUUAGAAGAGUUAACAAAAACAUUUGAAUACCAAGCUCCUGACGAGUCCCGGAUGGAAAAGAUAACUAAAACCAUGCAACUUGUUCUGUCGGAGUUAUCACAGUUAGAAGUGGGCUUCUCAUACUGUUAUGAAAACGAGAUGUGUCAUUGGUGUAACAGAACGCCACCAACUCUCAAUCAACUUGGACCUGCCUUCAAACGGGUCCACACUCUUCUUCAACAAUUUGUAAAUCUUCUGGAGGGUUUCAAAUCCAUCAGAUUAUCUUACACCAACUUAAGUAGAGAUUCAUCAAAGCGGUUGAGAAAUCUAGUAUCCAGCACAACACACAAGAAAGUCACAAAUUUAGCUUCAGCUAGUCAGACUUCAUUGUCCAGCUUCCAGGAAUGUGUCAGUGUCCUGGAUAGAUCACUUCAGCGCCAAGAAAUGGAAACCAGCAUGUCCAGUUCCAUACGAUCCUCCUCUUCGAUUCUCCGCGGAGAAAGGAAAAACAAACAUUAGUUUUAAGCAGCAAUCUGGAGGGCGAGGAGAUACAAAAUUCUUCAAUUGCAUCGAACAUUUUCUUUGUUUCACCACUUGUUGAUAUUUAUAAAAUUGUUAAAUUUAUGAUUUAUUGACAGAAAUGCAAACUUGUAAUAAAUUUUACUUUCUGAAAAA